AUGCUCAGAGAGAAUCCUUUUGAAUCUCUUCAACGGCAUCAAAGAACUCACACAAAGGAGAGACCUUUUGAAUGCUCAGAGUGUGGAAAGAGAUUCAGUUUGAGUGGCACUCUUCAACAGCAUCAAAGAACUCACACAAAGGAGAGACCUUUUGAAUGUUCAGAGUGUGGAAAGAGAUUCAGUCGGAGUAGCCAUCUUCAACGGCAUCAAAGAACUCACACAAAGGAGAGACCUUUUGAAUGCUCGGAGUGUGGAAAGGGAUUCAGUCUGAGUAGCAAUCUUCAACGGCAUCAAAGAACUCACACAAAGGAGAGACCUUUUGAAUGCUCAGAGUGUGGAAAGAGAUUCAGUCAGAGUGGCACUCUUCAACAGCAUCAAAGAACUCACACAAAGGAGAAUCCUUUUGAAUGUUCGAAGUGUGGAAAGAGAUUCAGUCAGAGUGGCACUCUUCAACGGCAUCAAAGAACUCACACAAAGGAGAGACCUUUUGAAUGCUCGGAGUGUGGAAAGGGAUUCAGUCAAAGUGGCCAUUUUCAACAGCAUCAAAGUACUCACACAAAGGAGAGACCUUUUGAAUGUUCAGAGUGUGGAAAAAGAUUCAGUCAAAGUGGCACUCUUCAAUGGCAUCAAAGCUCUCACAAAAGAGGGACAUUUUGAAUGCUCACAGUGUGCAGUGUGCAAAUCUAUUAAUCUUCCAAUAACUGAAACAAAACCUACUGUAACUAACCAAACUACACACCAUGAAACCAUAUGA